AUGGGAAGGGCCUGGCUCGGCUGCGCGGCGUCUGCCUUGCUAGAAGGCUCCAGCCUCCAUCCCCAGCAGCAUCUGCACGUGGGCUUGGGACAGCAACCCGGCCCGAAACCCUCGAGAAAGAGCAGCUGCCAGUCCGUGUAGAGCAAAGGCAGGCAACCUCCGGCCCGUGGAGCCUCACGAGGCAGACACCUGCCAUCAUACACGUCCGGCGGGUAAAACCUUGGCUCCAUUAGCAUCGCCCCCUUCAUCCGACACUCCCUGCCUGAAACCCUGGAGAACCGCUGCCAGCCAGGGCAGGCAGUGCGGAGCUCAUGGGCCAAGGGCCAGAGUUCGGCAUCCUUCCCGCAUCGUUUGGGCCGCAGCCUUUUCUCGCCUUCCGAAUGAAGACCUGCUGGCGGAGGCGGGCCUGCUUAGACGCGCUUCCUGAGGAGAAAGCGAGGCGAGCUCGAGUAGGCCGCGGCUUUUGUCGGUUAUCUUUUGAAAGAGGGGAGGUGGGGGAGGGGAGGGGGAGGGGCAGGCGCGCAGGCGCACGUGAGGCGACGAGGCCUCGGAGAUGAAUUGGGGGGAGCGGGAAGGAGGGGGAGGGGCGUGGUCGCCAUUGUGGUUUGGCCCCGCCCUCCGCGCGCCCAGCCAAUCCCGGCUCGGGAGCCGCGUGUCGGGCGUGGCCUAACCGCAGCCUCGCUUUCAUUCUCCUCGCUUGCGUCUCUCUCUCUCUCUCUCGGCGCCAUCGCGAUACCCUCUUGCCUCAGUGGCUAACGGCUCUCUUCGCAUCCUGCUCGGAGACCGGCUUCGGUGAGUGCUUUGACGCCGGGGAAGCGCCCAGGCCGCUGCAGGAAAGCCGUAGGAGGGGCGCUGCAUCGAGCAUUGGAAGGGGGAGCCGGGAGGGUAACGGGGAAGAAAGGCUCCUCUUCGCCGUGUGAGGCGGGGGAGGCUGAAGGGAGAGACGCUCCACAAAAUGGCGGCGGCUGCCCAUAAAGAACGAGAGGGCCCCUCUGCGCACACUCUUGUGUUUGAAACGUCGCUCUCUCAGUCUCCUUCGUGAGGAGCGCUGCGCGGCUGAAGACCACCGGGAACGGACGAAAUUGUUCCAGGGGGAUGGAGAGCAUUAGACGUGGUCAAGUCCGCUAUAGCAGCAGGUUUAACGCGGGGGCGGGAGAGGAGGAGCCCUUGCCUUACUGCGCCUGCGCGAAGGCUGUUCGCGGAGCGCGGGACAGCAGCGGGGUAGUCUUUGCGCAUGCCUGCUGGGGUCCCAGUCCGUAGAACGUGAGACGCGCUGAGCUCGCCUUCCCGCAUUCUGCUCAGACCACGUGUUCGCGGCCAUUUUACCAGGGGGGAGGGGUGGAUUGGUUGGGGCAAAGAAUGGGAGCCCAUUCUCUCUGCACGUCUGCCUUGAUAAGCCGUCGGGAGCCGCUGCAACGCUCACUCACUAGUUCCUGCUUGCCCUCCUUCCUUCGAUGACUUGUUCCAGCUAUUGAUGCACUGAGUAGAUUGCAGGAUCUUGCCAUACGCACCUGAUGGAUGAAAUCUGCCUCAGGUCGUCAGCCUCAUGUUACCAAAAUUAUUGACCACAAAAUUCUAGUAGUUGCUGCACAGGGUGGAGCCAAUACCAGGCUUCAUAAGAUGGUUCGAGAACGCCUGAUCUUAAAAUAUUUUUAGCUUGAAAGUAAGAUCCACCUGUACGACUAAGGACUUAAUCCAAGCAGAUAAACACUCAUUUUCCUGUAAAAUGGAAAACGUGCUGAACUAUUAGCCCUCAUAAAAUACUAGUUACAAUGAGGUUGCCAUAAUAUAAUAUUUUAUUUAUAUCCCGCUCAUCUGGCUGGGUUUCCCCAGCCACUCUGGGUGGCUUCCAACAAAAUAUUAAAAAUACAAAAAAAAACUUAUUUCAAAGUGUGUGUUCACCCUAAUCACUUUAAUCAUAAAUAGUAUGAAAGGUGGCUCCCUAGUAGGGAAGUGGCUUAACACUGCCACCUCCUUUUCACAUCUGAGAAAGAUUGCCUGCAUGCUUCCUUCAAUUAACCUUCCAUUUUUCUGAAAUAGGCAUUGAUGAAAAUUGAGAAGUGCUUAUUAGCAUUUCGCCUUAGUAUGUCCAAACCUCAAAAAUCUGACUGAUAGCUUAUCAGAUGCUCUGGAGAGAGCAAUUCAGAUAGGCACUUUGAGUAGGGGAAGUAAGCAUCUUCCAUCUUUGUUUAGGGAUUAACACAGUUAUAUCACUGGGAAAACAAGUUAACAGCUCAUUUGUAGCUAAUUAACUCCUGCCUGCUUAUAGCUAACCCCAGUCACCUGUAUCUAAUUGCCUCUAGAAUAAUGAAGAACUGUAUCAGCUAGGCUCAUUCUGUGUCCAGUAAAAUGUUCUUUUAUGCACUCUUAAGACUGUCCUUUACUGUAGAAGGCUCAAGAUAUAAAAACUUGUAACAUUAAAAGUAAUGGCACAAGAACACCUUGUCUGGUAUUAAGAUAGGAAGCAUCAAAAGAACAUUAGCAAUCCUACCUAUAUGCUGCUUUAUUGCAUGCUUAUUUGAGAGUAAGUCACAUUGUUUUUAGUGAUGCUUAUUCCCAGAUAAGUUUGCACAGGAUUACAGUUAAGACUGCAGUUCUGUGCACAAUUGUUUGGGAGUAAGACCUACUGGAAAUAAUACUUCUGAGUAAACAUGCAUAGUCGCCUGGAAAUAAGCAACAUUGAUGUUUCAGUUUGUUGCUUCCAGAUAAAUAGCUGCAAAUAAAAACAGAAUAAUUUUUCAGGUUCUCAAUGUCUCUGCCUCAGGGCAUGCAGGGGAAAGUAAACAUGUUAAGUUUACAAUGCUCAGUUGGAAUAGAUAAUUAUGGGUCUCAGUUCAGUGGGAAACAGAUAGUAAAACAAAGUUAAGAGGCUCCUGGCCUGGAAGUGAGACUGCUACUGGAAGUCAAACAACGAAUGAAGACAAGCUACAAAAGGAAGAUGUGAAUAUGGUCAAUAUGGGCAACCUAUACAUCAGUGAUGACCAUACAGCAGAUUAACAAGAACCCUGGCUUUGUACCAGAUUAUUCAUUGGUUUAAUGAAUAUUAAUUUGCCCCCGUCCAGCAGAAGGAAAGAAACUGGGUUACAAAAGAGCAGCAAGCCUUGGAUGUUUUGCUGACAGGUGAAGAAUAAUGAUAAUCUUUUCCUGGAAAAUGAAAACGGGCUGUUAGUUGUCAGUGAGCAGCUACUUGUAAAUUGCUAGUGUAGCCUGUUAUCUUUUGUCCUUAUUCCCACCUAUGUUUGCCAAAUCUAAACACAUUUCUUCCCUACAGAUCACUUAAACAAUGGCAUCGGAUGAAGGAAAACUCUUCAUUGGAGGGCUCAGUUUUGACACCAAUGAGCAGAAUCUGGAGCAGUUGUUCUCCCCCUACGGAGACAUUGCAGAAGGUGAGGAAGGGUGUCACACCUGAUUAUAUUCUGUAAUUACAGAAGUUCUGAAUCUGUUAAUGUUUCCACACCAGGAAACUGAUUGGUAGGGCUUUGGGGUUUGCAAGUGCGUGCACUCACACAACGCUAGCAACUAUACUAUGAUAAGUUAAAGACUCGUCACAUCUUUCAUUCAAGGCAUGAUAACUCUUUGGCUGAGGCAGAAAAUCGCCAUUCUUUUUUGAGGCAAGCAAGAGCCACCAUUGUAAUUCAAGGAUGCAUUCCAGAAAACAAAGCUGCUUAGAGUUUGUUGAGUGGGGCUGAUGAGGGGUGUGGCCUGGAAAAGUCCCUGGGGCCUGAUAGAGAGCCUUCAAUGCCCACAUUUGGCCUGCAGAUCAUAGGUUCCUCACCCCUGUGUUAAUGUCAGCAACCUUGAAUGAUUUAGCACAGGGGUCAGCAACCUUCAGCCGUGGGCUGGUCCACCGUCCCUCAGACCAUGUGGUGGACCAGACUGUAUUUUGGGGGUGGGGGGUGGGAUGAACGAAUUCCUAUGCCCCACAAAUAACCCAGAGAUGCAUUUUAAAUAAAAGGACACAUUCUACUCAUGUAAAAAGACUCUGAUUCAUGGACCAUCCGUGGGCCGGAUUGAGAAGGCGAUUGGGCCACAUCCGGCCCACGGACCUUAGGUUGCCUACCCCUGAUUUAGCAAUUCCUGUGCUGUAUCGCUUCAGAUCACAGCUGCGGUUUGCCUGCUCAUUCAUGUAAAAUCCUUUUUUCUGAAUGUACAAAAUGAGUGUGUGAUGAAGACUGUCCAACCAUGUUCAUAUUGAAUAAAUGGGGUUUUGUUAACAUGAGAGAGCAUUUGAUACAUAUCUGCAGUCUGAAGUGAUACUCCUGGUAAUAUAUAGUGCUAAUAAUGAUGUGCAUCUUGCUUUCUCCAAAUUGUGUUGUAAUUAACCAAUACUAUGGCUUGCUCAUUUGAUCUGUUUUAACAUUAAUCUAAUUAAACUGAAAUUGCAAGCUUGCCAUUCAGUCCCAUAGCUUGCUUUAGUCAUUACCAAACACAUCCAACCUUUCCCCCAUUCCUCUCUAAAACAGUUCUGUAAAUAUUCACAAUGGUUUCCCAGCCCUGUUCAGUUUCCUCACCCCUUCUUCUCAACUCUAUGCACACUCUUGCACAUGUGUGAGAAAACCAUGAAGUCAGCCUGUUUCCUUCCCCUACCCCGCAGGUUAUAAAAGCAUCAUUUACUAUAUGUUUUAGCACAUGCUUCCUCAACCUUGGCCCUCCAGAUGUUUUGAGACUACAAUUCCCAUCAUCCCAGACUACUGGUUCUGCUAGCUAGGGAUCAUGGCAGUUGUAGGCUGAAAACAUCUGGAGGACCGAGGUUGAGGAAGCCUGUUUUAGCAAAAUGUUUCAAUAUAGCCUGAAUUUUAUAAAACCUUGAUCCAAAGUUGUCCUUAUUAUUUAUAGCUGUCAAAAUGGGAUGAGGGGCAUGUAUAAGUUGGAUAUGAAGAAUGCCAAUGAUAUAUGGCUGCAUCUUCUUUGUUUUCAAAGUGAUUAAUUGUAUUCAAAAAUACAAAGGUAUCAAUAUGUCUAGUUGGGAGGGAUUGUGCUUUGAUACUACAGACCCUUGAUGUAUAGGUCUGAGGUUUCCUGGAAGCAAGCUCUUGUGAUUGAGAGAUUGGUUAAUAAAUUAACUGAGCUCAUGAAUAACAGCAUCUUGUUUCCCCAGUAAGCUAGACAGCAGGGUUUUUCUUAUUCUUCAGCAUCCAGUUCUUGGAACUUAUUUCCCGGAUGUCCCUGUGUGGUUAUAAUGUCCUUCUAAGCAGUCUUUGAGUCUGAAGUGGGGCUAAAGAAGGGACCUGGCAAGGGACACUGGCUGUCAUCUACACGUAGAAAAAGAGCCAGGAAAAUAAUCUGUUACAAUUUUUUCUCUCUCCAGUGGUUGUGGUGA